UGGCUGCGCCUGGCUGUCAGGUGCCUGCCUGGCUGGAAGUGCCAUGGAGGCCGAGGAUGCGCUGGCAGCUGAGAAGGCAGCUCUGCGAACCCCGAAGUGCUCCCGCUGCCGAAACCACGGCUUCGUGGUGCCCGUGAAAGGCCACGCGGGCCACUGCCGCUGGAAGCUGUGCCCUUGCGAGAAAUGCGCGCUCAUCACGGAGCGUCAGAAGAUCAUGGCAGCCCAGAAGGCGUUGCGGAGGCAGGGCCCAGAUCCCCUGCCCGGGGUGGUGUCGCUACCUGCACCCUGCACCCCAGGCCAUGGCGAAGGACGGGGGACGCCUGCUGUCAGCUCCAGCGCCUCCGAUCAGAGCAGCCACGCGGUCGGGCACGAGGGAGCCAAGGCUGUCCCAGGACCAGGCAGCAGCAGCAGCAGAACGGUGACCCGCAGGGCACUAGACGCUCCUGGCUCCCCGCCCUUUGGGGACUUCGCCUACCCAGCUCUGCCUCCAGAGUGCCUGGUUAGCCCAGAAUUCCUCGAGCGAGAGCCUCCGAAAGUGUACCCGGGGUAUUCGGGUAUGUACCCGUACCACCCAUUCCCCAUGGGCUUUGCCAUCAAUCAGCCCAGCUGCAGGGGCGUACCAGCAUCUGCAGGGAUCCCCCUCCACCGAGGUUACAGACAUGCUCCCAGCAGCCACGUACCAGCAAGCGCAGCUUCUCUGUCGAUCCCAGAUGCAGGGGGAGAUUUCCGACAAGGUUACUACGCUCCGCUUCCUCAGUUUAUACCGCCGGGCUUCCUGCCGGGGAUUCACUAUAUUCCAUCACCGCCCUUUCCGCUCGGCGUGCUGCCUGAAGCAUCCAAGGACGCAGCUGGUAAGAAGCUGCCUUCCCCGAUAGCCAGGAAUCCGGAGCGAUCUGCGAGUGCAGCCAGCCAUCUUCUCAGGAGGAAACGGACGGAGAUCAUACCGUGUACUCCAAACAUUAAAUGCUCCAGGGAACAGCUGGGUAGCACCCAUCACACUCUUCCUGACAGGGAAGAUCAUUAGUUAAUUGUGGGCUAGAUUAGAAGAGGGGAAUUCACCUAUUUUAUAGUCGCAUUAGGACUACUAGCAUCACUGCUCCGGCUCCAUUACAGCUGCCAUUGUUCUACCCGGUGUGUCUCACCAGCACACCAACCAGCAGAGCUUUUUUCGUGUUGCAGCAAAUUAGUGCCUCCUAGGACAAGAGGAGAGCAGUGGAGAAUUGCAGCUCUCAAAGUUGGAGUUCUUCCCUGAGCUUUCUCUUGCUAUUUGAUGUCUCGUGGUGGACCUGAGUACAGUAGGCCCAGUCUUGUCCUUGCACGGUCCAGGCAGCAUUCAAAUUCUCCAUCGUUUGAAGGUCUCUUACAAAGACAAGCUUGUUCUCGGUGUUGUGGAGCAGUUCAGCCAUGGGACUUAGAACAGGAAAAUCAGGGGAAGGGACAUUUGCUGACAGAUGUGCGCAACUUUGUUGAGACACUGGAGUUCAGGGACUUAGAUGUAAGAGAAGUACUUGGUUUAGGACAUUUGUCUAUGAGGGCUUGGAGGAAAAUUGGAAAGAGGGGGUCUCUUUUUGUUCUUGAUAGACAUCUAGUGUCCCCUCAGCACUGGGCCCAGCUGUCUUGAAGAGGCACCCUCUCUUUAAAUUGUGAAUGUGUUGCAAAAUUGGAGCACCCUGGGCACCGUGCACAUCUGUUCCAGGCUGUAUAACCCCAAAUAAUCAAAGCUGAAUACCAAAGUUGAUUUUUAAGGCGCAUGGGCCAGCAGUCCAACAUACAUAAAUUAGAAAUUUCUUUUGAGCUAUAGAAGAAAUUAGUGGAUGUGCUGUAACUGGAGCAGAACACCAGUGUUGAUCAUAAGCAACCUCAGUAGAACACACUGUCGUAUGAGGACAAUAAUAUUCGAAUACUACUGGAAAAAAAAGCAUUUCUCUUGCUAUAUUGACUUAAGAAAAUGUUUUUGUGUUAAGUAAAUCAGUUGUUAAUGUUUGCAUAAUUGUUUGUGUAUAAGUAAAACAAGGUGCAUUAAAUGAGAACAU